AUGCUUUGGUACGACAACCUCAAAGGUGCCUUUCAUUCAAGACAGGCCUUCGUCAGAUAUAUCGAGGCCCCUCAGCCGGAAGCGGACGAAUUGAUCAACAAUGACAAAUACAACAUACGAUGGAGUAAUGUCGAUCUUGCACCUUCACCUCCUCAAGAUCGUAAAUGGACUCAAUGGACCUUCCUUGCGUUCUGGGUAGCACACGCAGCAGGUGCAGGUUCUUGGACAGCCGGCUCCAGUUUGAUCAACGUUGGUCUUGCUCCUCGAGAUGCCUACAUUGCCAUCGCAACGUCCCACAUCUUGAUCACCAUUCUGAUUGUUCUCAAUGGUCGAGGACCUGCCAGAUACCACAUCGGAUUUCCUGUCUUUGCGCGUACUUCCUACGGCAUGUGGGGUUCGUAUAUGGCUAUAAUGAUGCGUGCAAUAGUUUGUAUCAUCUGGAAUGGAACCAAUUCUUAUUACGGAGGUAGAUGUGUGACAGUAGCACUCACUGCCAUCUUCCCUUCUUAUGCAAAGCUCCCUCCUCUUCCUAAAUCAGCUUCCAUCACAAGUCCUGAUCUCCUCUCAUUUUUCAUAUUCAUGAUCGUCUUCGUCAGCAUUUCGUUCAUUCAUUCCCGUGAUCUCAAGUGGUUUUACAUCGGAAAAUCAAUCUUCGUAUUUGCAGCCAUGCAUGCCAUCCUGAUCUGGUGGGUUGUCAAGUCCCAUGGCGUCACGUUUGCGUACAUCGCCGUGGAUAAGCCGGUGUCCACUACAGCGCAUAUCUGGCUUGUCUUGAGAGCGUUCAAUACUGGACUGGGUACGGCUUCGAGUCUCACCGUCAACCAGGGUGACAUGGCUAGGUACGCCGACAAGCCUAGAAGUGCUAUAUGGACUACUCUCAUAGGCUACCCAAUCGCAUCGGCUCUUCCCUGUCUUUACGGUAUCUUGGUCGCGGCUGCAGGGCGUAAACUUACUGGCACAGCGUUUUGGAACUUGUGGGACGUGCUCAACUACAUGCUUGAACAGUAUCCUGACAAUCAUGGCGCUCGAUUUGGAGUCUUCCUCUGCGCCGUGGCCAUCGCUUUAUCGUACCUCGCGGUCAAUCUCGCCACCAAUUCACUGCCCUUCGGUUCCGAUGUGACUGCCUUGUUCCCAAGAUGGAUGACCAUCCGUCGAGGUCAGGUCAUUUGUACCAUCUUGGGUGUAGCCAUCGUCCCUUGGAAGCUACUCAACAACGCUGCAGCCUUUUUGACUUUCUUGAGUGGUUACGGAUACUGGCUUAGUCCAAUCGCUGCCAUCAUGUCUAUUGACUACUACCUCAUCAAAAAGGGCAAUAUAUCAGUACCUGAUCUGUACGAUGGAUCAUCGACAUCCAGAUACUGGUUCUGGAAAGGAAUCAACCUACGAGCCGCAAUUUGCACAAUUGUAGCUCUUCUACCCUGUCUUCCCUCACUUGCUUGGUCAAUCGCUCCAAAAUCAGUCCAUAUAGCUCCUGGAGCCCAAAACCUCUUUUACAUCUCAUUCGUGAUGACCUGGACCAUUGCGGCUGCCAUGUACUACGUCUCCUACCUGAUUUUCCCUGAAAAGAAUCUCGAGGUGAACGAAAGGAAACUUGCCUUCGAAGAGAUGGCUGACGAGCUUGAUCGAAAGGAGAUGAGCGGGACAGUAUACUGGAAUGAAGGAUAUGACGAUGCUUCUGGUGUCAACGGCGCCGAGAACUUUGACGAAAAGCCUACUCAAGAAGAUUCGGACAAGUGA